UCCCCAGGUGUCAUGUCACUGGUGUUGCCACAUGGCAAAAACACUUACUUUAAAUUUAAAACCACAUUGAUAGCAUUAGUUGACUUGAUUUUUCUGAAGAAACAUGAAGUAAAGCAUGUUGUAAGUCCACUGUCUCUUUUUAUUUAUCUGAAACUUUCUCAAUGUUAGUUUUUAUCCAUCUUGUAAAAUGCAUUAAAAAAUGACACUGGGCACCCGCAAUUAUUCAAAAAAUGCACAUAAGAGGUACAAAAUAAUUCAGCCUUUUUAAAAGUUUAAUUGAUAUAAAAAGAGUGUGUUUCUGCAGAAUCAUUAAAAUGACAUUUUACCCAUUUAAUCUUUGCAUUUGUGUGGUUAAGUUUAGCAGCCACUCUGCCUCACAAGGCCUUUAACAGGCCCCUCUCUCUUAGAUCUGCUCUCAAACACACACACAGCGUUUCUUGGCAACAGGCUGGUUGUGUGAGACAUGGAGGUGAGCAGAAGGGAGAGUGGAAGCCCUAUGUGCAGGCCUUCAAAAGACCUCCAUAUCAGUGAGCUUUAUCUGGCAAAAAGGGGUCUCUCAGCUAUUCCUGAUUUGUCCAAAUUCAAACAGCUCAGAUAUGUAUGGCUUAACAACAACAAAAUAAAGAAUUUAAAUGGCAGUGUGUUUAACUGCUGUAUAGCAGAGCUUUACCUACAGAAUAAUGAAAUCACCACAAUCUCAGGGGCCUUGAGGCACCUGACCUGUCUGCGAGUGCUGCUGCUUCACAAUAACCAGCUGAAGAAUCUGGAGGAGACAGUUGCUGAGCUGAGGCACACACACUGCCUGCAAACUGUCAAUUUCUUCCUCAACCCCUUCACACAAGACCCUGAAUACCGGGAAUAUGUGAUCCAUCACCUGCCAUCUGUUCAAAUACUGGACAGGAAAGAAGUGAGGCAGGAGGAGAGGAGACAUGCUUUCAGACUCUUCUGUUCUGAGAGACUGAGAGUUCUGGACACACUUGCUUUUGGUAGACGUGCAGUUACGCCCCCUGUUGGACGGAAAAUAACUCAGGAUAUGGUAAAAUUGAGAGGAUACCUUCAGAGGUCUUGUGGAUUCCAUGCCUCAACAGGUCAGAGCUGUUUAGGUCAGCAUAGAACAAUGUUUCCCUUAAAUUGUCCGUCUGAGUACAAAUCUGUCCUGCAAUUCUCGAUCAUGGACUGGUGCAGUAUGAGAACAACUCAGCAGAGCCCCCUGGAGGAGGAGGGUCCAACUGCACUCAACAUCCUUACUGUCAAAUUCAGAUAACCCAUGCACAUAAGUGCUGCCACAAACAUUAAAACACUUCAGUGAUACUA